UGUGCUUAGGACUUCCGUCCACAAUUCUUCAAACCCAAUUCAAUUAGCUAGCUUAGCAAUCUCAAUUCUUAACAGUUUCCUCCAUCCUGAGAAUCUCUGCAACGAACAUACAUUUAUAUAUAUAUUCCGGGUUUCAGAAGUGUACAGAAAAUCUGAAAUUCAUAGAUUGAUGGAACACUAUAAUUAUCACAUCAUAACGACAUUGGUGUUGAGUUUAGUUUCAUGGGAAACGUUGUUUCGGUUCACAACAAGGUUUCUGUCCAACCGCUCUUUCGUUUUCUGCAACCGAAUCAUUUCCAUCAUCCAUGCAUCCUUAGCAGUAACGUUGGCUUCUCUGUCUGUUCAAGACUGGACCUGCCCCUUUUGCCCCCUGGCUUCCAAAGCUUCCCCUCUCCAGAUGCAGACGAUGGUGAUCUCACUUGGGUACAUGGUACAUGACUUGGUGUGCUGUCUUUAUUAUGAGGAAAUAAAGGGUAGUGAUGUGUUGCACCAUUUGGUUACCUGUAUUGGACUUGGAACUGGACUUCUCUAUCAAAUGUGUGGAUCAGAAUUGGUGGGAGCAUUGUGGGUUUCAGAGAUUUCUGGUCCAUUUGAUGACUUGAGAGUCAUUCUCAAAGAACUUGGUUAUAGGGACACCAACCUCAAUCUCGCAGUUGAUAUAUGCUUCGCAGUUAUUUUCUCAAUUGCUAGGAUGAUAGGAUCUACUUAUCUCAUGUAUCUCACCGUGUCUGCUCAUAAUAAUCCAAUCCUCAUCAAGGCAAUGAGUGUUGGGCUGCAGACAGUGAGUACAUUCUGGUUCUACAGGCUUGUGAGAUUUUGGACAUUCAAAUUCUCAAACAUCACUAAAUCUAAGACUUAGUUUCACCUCAAAGAUCAGAGUUGCUGAAUAUUCUUUACACCAGCUUCAUCAAAAUAUUAAAAAAAAAAAAAAAAAACAAAAAACAACAACAACAACAACAACACUGCAGUAUAAGAUAUAGUUGUGCACUAAUUUGUAAUUAACAUGUAUGAGUAAUAUGCAUUU